AUGACCGCCGUCGACCCAACUUACCCUCUUUAUCCUGUUGCGUGCUUUGUAUCAUCAGCAAUGCUGCUUCUUGUACUGGCAACAAGUUUCAUCCGCCAAAGCUGGAACCUCGGCGUUGCCUUCCUAUGCUUCUGGCUUUUCUUCGAGAAUCUGGCUGGCGGUGUCAAUACCAUUAUCUGGUCGGACAAUGCAGAUGUCAAGCUGUACGUGUACUGCGACAUUGUUUCACACCUUUCUAUGAUCACCUCCGUGGUCAAACCUAUGGCGACACUCAUCAUCGCCCGCCGACUAUACCUUAUCACCAACCUACGAGCUAUCGAUCUCCCUACCAGAGCGGCGAGACGUAGAGGUCUCGCGAUUGAGUGGACGCUGGGCUUUGUAGUCCCUCUCAUUGCUGCAGGACCCCUAUACUACGUUGUCCAGUGGUUUCGAUUCGAAGUCGACGAGGGUUUCGGGUGCCUCAACGCCCCCGAUGCCUCAGUACUCAGCAUGCUAUUCACAAAACUAUGGAACAUCAUCCCUCCCGUGGUGUCCAUCGUCUUCUACUACCCUCAAGUCGUCAAGACCUUCUACCACCACAGUCGAGACAUUGACCAGUUCCUACGGAGCAACAACUCAGUCUCCCGCACGAACUACUUCCGGAUCCUGAUUCUCGCAAGCAUCGACAUCCUGCUCACCUUACCAAUCGGCACGGUGACACUUAUCCUAACCAUCAAAGGGCUUCUACCUUCGGGGCCCAUCCCAUUCUACUUUGGAUGGACUAACGACCAUACGGACUGGCAGCCACCGAGCCUUUUAUAUGCCCAGUUGGUAUCAGGCGGAACUCUCACCGUGACAAUCAGGUACUUCAGCCAGUGGACGUCGCCGUUCCUCGCGUUUGUCAUCUUCGGUCUUUUCGGCGUUACAUCGGAGGCUCGCGCGUCGUACUGGCACAUUGUCUGUACCGUGGGUGGUUGGUUUGGCUGGAAGCCCACGCCUCGUGCUCACAGGUCGCGCUCACCACUGGCGGACAUUGAGUUCGGAGAGCAGCCUGCACAGAACUCCAUGUCAUUAGGUCUCGACUCGUACCCGAGCUUCAUCGACACGAGCGCGCAUGUGUCAGAAGGGAAACAGCGGUCCGAGCCCUCUGUGUUCAAAAGGUGUGAAAUAGACGCGGUACGAAAAGCCGGCUCGUACGAGGACGCUAUAGAGGCAUGUCAAGUCUCACUGAGCGAUGCAAGGCGCAAGGGCGACUUCUUUCAGGAUCGCGAGGAUGGGCGCGCAGGAGUGAUUGACGCGUGA